AUGACUGAGCGUCCUUUGACUAAAGCUGAAAUCAAGAAAAUCGAAGAUGAUUUCAACAAACCUAUCAUAAUGGAUGUUACUCCCCGUGAGCCGACUGUAAAAGAUGCCAAGUUCUUUUUUAUCAUUCUCAAUUCUAUGAGAAUUGUCCCUGAUAUUGAUUGGGCUCUUGUCGCUCAUCGUGCUGGUUAUGCCAAUGCCACUUCGGCUCGUACUCGCUUUGGACAAAUUAGGCGCAAACUUCGAGAUCAUUACGGCACGGAAACCUAUCAAGACAAAGUCAUCCCUAAGGUUGUGGACGGAAUUUCUAAGCGUGGUAAAGGCAAAGGAGCUGCAACUAACCCCAAACCUCCCAAAUUUGUCACGCGCAAGACUACCAAGGUUGCGGCUCCUUGGAAUGUUGACAAAAACAAGCCGUCGAAGUUCGCACAAAAUUAUGGUCAAGGAUACGUCAUAUCGAGAAACGAUGACAACGAAGCAAAUUUCAUCACCAGCGCUAAUGAGCGUGAUGAUUUCGACUCCGAGAAUGAGUAUCAGAAUGAAGAGAUCUUCGACUUGCAGACAUAUCCUGGAUAUGACAAGGAUAAGAACACCCUUGCUGUCAGUGAUCAGGGAGACACGGAUGAUGACACUAGGGAAGAAGAUGGCGAUGACGAGCAUUUCUACGAUGCUGAUGAUGCAAAGGUCACUGAGGCUUAA